AUGAAGAAAGAUGCACGUGACUUUGUUAAGAAAUGCCACACAUGCCAGGUCCAUGCUAAUUUAAGCCAUAAACCUCCAACACUGUUACAGGAUAUGCGCACCCCUUGGCCUUUUCAUACAUGGGGGCUUGAUUUGAUUGGGACAAUCCAUCCUCCUUCCGACGGUUACAUAUGGAUUCUUACAGCUACAGAAUAUUUCACGAAAUGGGUCGAGGCAAUUCCUCUUCGAAAAGCCACAGGGGCUGCUGUCUCGAAUUUCAUUCGAGAAUACAUCGUGUGCAGAUUUGGAAUUCCAUACAAAAUGGUUACCGAUAAUGGCACGCCUUUUGUCAACAAACAGGUAAGCUCGACACUCAAUGGUUACGGUAUCAAGCAUCGUCACUCCACACCUUACUACUCACAAGGAAAUGGUCAAGCAGAAGCUACCAACAAGACAAUAUUGAGAAUUCUGAGCAAGAUGGUAUAUGAGUAUAAGGGGAAUUGGAGCAUUCAUCUGCCAGACGCUUUGUGGGCUUACCGUACCUCACCAAGGGGUGCUACCAGUUUUUCGCCUUACUCACUCGUAUAUGGGUCUGAUGCCAUCUCACCUGUGGAAAUCACCAUCCCCACGGCUAGAGUGUCGGCUGUCAAUGAUCUUAAAUGGGAUGCAAAAUCAUGCUCGGAUUGGCGUGUGUUAGACCUCGAAGCAGUGGAUGAAAAGAGGAUGGAAGCCGAAAGGAAAAUGGCACUUUAUCACAGGACUACUGCCCAAGCAUACAACAGGACCGUUAAGCCUCAAGCUUUCAAGCAAGGAGAUCUCAUGCUAAAAGUUGUCGAGCAUGUGAAAAGACAGAUAUCGGGACCUUCCAAGUUUGCCCCGCAAUGGGAGGGUCCAUUCGCAGUCAAAGAAGUACACAGCAGUGGCUAUUACCACUUGAUCUCUGUCAAGGAAGGCACGCUAACGGAUCCCAUCAAUGGAAAAUGGCUCAAGCCCUACUAUUGCUAA